AUGGCACAAACGAAAGAUUCCCGCGGAUCCGAUGCUUAUCCGCCAAAUUACGCAACACAAACCAUGAGGAGUCAUUUGAGUCAAUAUCAACAACAACAACCGGAUCGGUCUGAUGGUUACGGACCACGUCCCGUUUCGCCGAGACCCAUGACACCUCGAAGAGUCAAACGGAGGAGCGUUCUUGCUAGAGACACGAUGAACAGAUCUAGUCUGACACAAAGGAGACAGGGAAGCUCAAGAUCAAAGUCGUCGUCAUCUCAAAGAAGGUCACGAACACAUCAGAAUCCGGUCACGAAACUUUUGGAACAACAAAAUAGAUUUUUAGAAUCUUCUAUGAUUUCUACGUCGUUCAAUGAUUCUUCCAUUCCUUUGGAUUCGUCGUCCAAUCAAUUAUCGGCGGCCAUGAUGGAUUCUGUCGGAGGUGAUGAUUACGAUGUAAAUAAUGGAUUCAAGACUGUGGGUUUAAGCAAUCCAAUUUUUCAACAAAGUAGUAAUUCGUCACUUAAUCAAUCUGGUCUUAACAUAAAAGGAAGCCACGGGGGUAGUGGUAAUAAUGGUGGUGGUGGUAGUGGCAGCAGCAACAACAACAACAACAACCAAACGAAUAGUAGUAAUAGUAAUUAUAAUAAUAAUAAUAAUACGUCACAUUUUACGAGAAACGAUGGUAGCAUGAGAAAUUCUAAUAAAAGGUUUAGGGUGGAUUUAACGAGAAAUACGGAUGGAAUCGCGAAUUCGUUUUUCAGUCAGGGACCACCGGCGUACAGGGAGGGAAACGGUUUAGAUUCGGAAACGGUUAUUUAA